ACUUCACUCACCAAUAAUAAUUUCUUUGUAGAUAGGACAACCGAGUCCUUUUAAAUGAAAGGGACCACCUCAAGCCUUCCUUUUGCCUGCCAAGAUAAGGAGGUUGUUUGUGAACUACUAGAACUUUCAACCAUCAAAUUUGCCCACUAAACCCAAUAAUUGUCAAAUCAAAUCCAGCUGGCCUUAAAUUUUAGCUUAGUCUUAAAGACUGGAAGCUUCAUAAUGGGUUAGUACUUAGGAGAUUUUUAAGAAAGUGGGGAAGCAUAAUCCUCAGUCUGGUUAAUGUGAUUACAUAGAUGUUUGAAGAAUGGUUUUCAUUACACCCAUGACUGACCUUCCCCAACUUGAUCUUAGGUGAGGCUUAAGAGAAAUCCUGAUCUGAGAGUUGGAUUGAAGUGUAUUAGGACUUUAACCCAAGUCAUAAUAUGGGACCUUUGAUUUUGGGGAGGUCAUAAGUUCAGAUUUCACCGUCGAUCCAUUAUUUCGUAAUUUAAGUCUUCAAGAGUAAAUUGAUGGGUGUGGUUGCAACUAAAGAACUUUUGAACUCGUCAAAGAGACAAAAAGAGUACAAAGAAGCAUGGAACACAAGUUGUGGAAGAGGUAAUGGUUCUUGGGACCACCUAGCAAUGAAUGCAAAGCUGUCUAAGGCUUUUCACGUAACCAAAAUAUUAAUUACGAUAGUGCAGAAGAGAAAGGCACUCCCCAACUGACACCCUCAUUCAAUUCAAAAAGUUUACACCACCAUUAAACUCUGGGUUGACAAGUUUGUUGGGUUGCAUUUAUAGUGUUGGGCUCCCAGAUGCAUGCAUGCGUGGUCACAGCAAAAUCUCAUCUUUAGCAGUUGGCGUUAGGAUUAAAGAUGUAAAAUACAAUUGGUUACAAGAAAUAUGGAUAUGCUGAGUGAGAGUGGAGGAGGUAUCAUCGAAGCUCUAAAUGCAACUGUUCAUGGAAAUGGCACCCGAACCGUAGUUCUAUCUCAUGGGUUUGGCUUUGACCAGUCUGUUUGGCACUACCUCAUCCCUUACCUUGCAUGCUACUUCAAGGUGGUGGUUUUUGAUCUAAUCUUCGUAAAUCCCAACCUUUAUGAUCCAAAAAAGUACUCAAAUUUCGAUUCCUACGCACAAGACUUGGUAUGCCUCCUUGAUCAGCUCAAUGUGAAGAAGACCGUCUAUCUGGGUCAUUCCAUGUCAGCCAUGAUUGGAUGCAUAGCUGCGACAAAGAGACCGGAUCUCUUUGAGCACCUUAUCCUCCUAGGCGGCUCUCCAAGGUACUUAAAUGCAGAAGGAUAUUAUGGGGGAUUUGAGAGAUCAGAUAUCGACAAAAUCUUCGAAGCAAUAAAUGAAAAUUUCCCAGUUUGGGUUCAAAAUUUUGUUCCCAUGGCAGUGGGCAUCAACAACUCUGCAGCCAUAGCUGAGUUCGAGUACAGCUUGGGGAGGAUGAAACCGGAGAUAGUGCUUAGUGUCGCUAAAACUGUCUUCCUGAGUGACCUAAGACUCGUUCUACCACAAGUUAAAGUGCCUUGCACCAUUAUCCAAUCCAGAGAAGAUAUUGUUGCUCCUACAUUCAUCGCAUGCUACAUGAAGGAAAACCUCGGUGGCGAUGCUACGGUUAAGAUACUGGAAACACAAGGCCAUUUUCCACAGCUAACAGCUUUCCCUUUGCUUUUGGAUGCUUUAAACAAAGUUUUAUCCAUUCCAUAGAAGCUGGUUGUAUCUAAGAACUUAGAAUUUAAGGUUUGGCUCAAGUGUCUUAUGUUCUUUUGUUUCCUUCCGUUUUUUUGUUUCUUUUCUGGACAUUUUAAGGAUUUCAUCAAAGUUGAAUCGUCAAGACUGAACUGCCUUCUUUUGAAAUGAAUGUAGUGUAUUAAUGGGUGUUGGUGAAAGUCAAUUUUUAUCCCUUC